UCUGCAGCAUUUCUGAACUGGUGCAGUGCAAAGGGCUUGAGCAGCAAGGGUGUGCAGAACAAGGGGGACUAAAGAAAAAGCAACAUUUCAAAAAGCUGAAAACAUGAGCUACGACCCCUACAGCCCCCGCAGGCCCUGGGAGGACUUCAGGGGAGUGCGUUCCACCAAGUCCGUCUCAUCCUCUGUGUACUCCAUGCACCGCUCGGUGCCCUCCGUCAAGAGGUCCACCCGUCCCACCUCCUCCCUGCCUGACUAUAUGGAGAAGGUGGACCUGAGCCAGGUGAGCACUCUGAACACCGAGCUGCUCAGCCUGCGAGGCAAGGAGAAGGAGCAGCUGGUGGACCUCAACGACCGCUUCGCUACCUACAUCGAGAAGGUCCACCACCUGGAGCAGCAGAACAAAGUCCUGCUGGUGGAGCUGGAAGCCCUCCGGCAGAAGCAGAGCGACCCCUCCCGCCUCCACCUCAUCUACGAGCAGGAAGUUCGCAGCCUGAGGGCCCUGUUGGACUCGGAGGCCAAUGAGAAGAUGCGGAUGGAGGCCGAGAGGGACCAUCUGCGGGACGUCUACGCCCAGAUGAAGGACAAGUAUGAGGAGGAGGUCCGCCUCAGGAUGGAUGCAGAAGAUGCCCUGCAGAAGAUCCGAGAGGACGCCGACAAGGCGGUGCUGGCCAACAGCGACAUCGAUGGCAGCAUCACCUCCCUGCUGGAGGAGAUUACCUUCCUCAAGAAGGUCUUCUCCGAGGAGAACAACGAGCUCUCUGCCCAAAUCCAAGCCGCCAGCAUCACCAUAGACAUGGAAGUCACCAAGCCUGAUCUUUCCCUGGCUCUCAAAGAGAUUCGGUCGCAGUAUGAAAAGCUGGCCAACAAGAACAUGCAGGCGGCCGAAGACUGGUACAGGACCAAGUUUGCCACUGUUGCCGAAAUGGCCAGCAAAAACAACGAGGCCGUGCGAUCCAUCCGAGAAGAGACAUCCGAGUACAGGAGGCUGCUCCAGUCCCGGUCCUCCGAGAUUGAAGCCCUGAGGAACGUCAUUGACUCCUUGAACAAGCAGCUGGAAAGCCUGGAGGAGAAGCAGUCCAGGGAAGUUGCCAAGUACCAGGACAGAAUAAAUGAAUUAGAGAAGGAAAUUAACGAUGCCAAGCAGGAGAUGGCCCGUUACCUGAGAGAAUAUCAAGAUCUCCUGAAUGUCAAGAUGGCUCUUGACAUUGAAAUAGCUGCAUACAGAAAACUCCUGGAAGGGGAAGAGAUCAGGCUGAGUUUUUCUUCUUUGCCCGCUCUCACCUAAAGAAGACACCAGCCCAGCGUGGCCAUACAGAAGCCAGCCGUGCCCUUGUUUCAAACAAGAGGUCUGUUGCAGACUCCCCCUUCUUCUCCACACACUCUCAACCUAAAUGUAACACGCUGAAGGUACAGGCAAAUCUGGACAACAGGAAGAACCCGAAAAGAAGCACCGAAUGUACCAGGAAUCUGAGCCAAGUCAGUGCGCAAUAUCCUUUUGGUAGUGCUAUCUAUUCAGAUUAUGACGAAUUGAAUUAUUUGUUGGUAAAUUAAAUUUAUCUAAGUCAUUCUAAAACAUUCUAAUACAUAUUAUAGCUUUAAAACCAGAACAUUCAAAUCUAAAUUGCAUAAAUACUAUAUUGUAAGUGUGUUUCAAUCCUGCCAACAGGAUAUUGGCCGGCACCCUUGGUCCUAUUGUAUUUAUCAGUAAGCCAGUAGCAUUACAUAUUUUGCUCUUCAAAAUCAUUUCGUUUUGGGCAGUAGAAGUUUUCUUUUUCUUUUAUCUUCUCUGAUAUUUGGAUCUGUGCAUUAUGAGCUUCUGUUAAACAAAAUGAUAAUACAUAAAUAAAAAAUAAUACAUGUUCCUUAAUAUGAUGAGAAAUCAAUUAAAACCAUUAUGCAAAAUGUCCUAAAUUAAACUCUGUGACAUAAAUUAUGUUUAUGUAGAAACACAGUAUAAGCAAAAUGUCAACAGGAAUACCUGCAUUAGUAUGAAAAUUAGGACAUGGGUUACACCCUACUUUUUAAAAGUAUGCAUCUGUUAUGUCUUUCCUAUCUUUCUUGCUGAUUUGCACAUGUUCUUCAGCAAUGGAAGCCCAUAAGAAAGAAAACAUAAGCCAAUAAGCAUUACCUUUAGGGGAAAAAAAGAUGAAAGUUUUUCAACAAUCUGAUCGGGGCUUUAAAUCUGUAAAAAUAUAUGAAAUGUGCGCCUACUAUAAAACUGAUGUGUCUGUAAGUCGCAGUAACCUGGUAAAUAAAAAAACAACGGCAUUACUGAUUAAAA